GGUCACGAACACUCUCGAGAUCUGAUGCUUCCGCCGAUCGACAUCGUUAAUGAUUUCCAAAGCUGCACCGAGGGAGGGUUACCCCGAGGUUUCUAUGGAUAAUGGCAUCGCGGAAUAUACCGCACUCGCUCAAAGAGCGGCAGGCCGCCGUCGUCCUGGUCGCCGGCGGCCACCCCCCUCCUGUCGAACACUCUACACCAUUCAUAGCCAAAAUGGGCAGAAACGACAACAGGAACAACCACCCAAUUGAUCAGUGCGUGGCUGUCAAGCAACCGAGGGUGAUUGAUGAUGAUGAGGACCGGCAGCGCGUCAAACGCGUGGUACAUUGCCAAGGAAUCGAAGCGUGCUAUUUAUAGCCGUGACCGCUCCCGAGUCACGACUUUUUCAUUUCGAAAUUCACUGGCCCCUGGCUCAGUUUUCUCCAAAAAAUCGACGGGUAAGAGGAGAGCCUAUGGAAAAUUGCCAUUUACGUAGAGCUGUUGGGAGAGAUAGACCGCUCGCAAGGACUCGGCAGGGCACGGAGACUGCGCGGACAUUCAGACCCGACGAAGUUUGAUUGGAUUUCACUUCGGAGAUGAUGUGGGCUUCGGAGGUUUUAUCUUCUUUUUUUGCUGCAUGGGAACAGCGUGGCGGUCCCCUGCGGCCCGGCUGCUGUCGAGACUCCCAAGACCCAAGCCUACCCCAGACCUGAUUCCUUGGCUUUGCUUGGACGCGCUCGGGAGGGAGUGCGUAUCAUCAACAUAAUCAAGUCGGUGUCCCUUCGGUGGGUCGCGCACGCUAGCAGGGGCAGCGUAAAUCCCCGGUGCAUCUUGCGUGACAGGAACAAUCGGUGUCGUCAAGGCCCCCCGGCAGACGGGGGAAUCCUGAUGCUUGCUUUUGUUGUGUUUCCGCGCACCGAUAUGAUAUAAAAGCGAACGGGGGACACCGUAGUUCCCCAGCUUGAUCCCUUUGGCCUACUCACCCAACACCUUCUUUUCUGUUUCCCCGUCUUGAAGGCGAAAACUUUCAUUCUUUCAUUCUUUCCUCGGCUUGCCGCAUUUCAGUCCAGCACUACCCUCGAUUGUCACGUACUUGUUGUCCUCAAUGGCUCGUUUCGCUCUCCUCGCUCUCCUUGUCCCCGCCCUUGUGAGCGCUGCGCCGCUCAAGAGCAAGCGUUUCUCGUUUGCUCUCCAGAGCUACGACAGCUUCCAGAUCUCUGAUGGCGUUGGCGGUAACGCCAAAGCCCAGGCUGACGCGAUCUUCGUCACGCCGUUCCCCGCCGAUCUGAGCACGGUCGACGCCACCUCCCUUGCGAACGUCGAGGCGAUGCACACCGCCGCGGAGAACGCGGAGACUCAGCAAUUCGACCCUGCCAUCUCGGCUGCUUCCGGUGCCACUGCCGCCGCUCUCCAAGUCGGCAAGAUCAAGAACAAGGUCUUGAAGCUCACCGCUGAGGUCCAAGGCAUCAAGAUCAAGAUGGCCCAGGCCCAGGCAGCCGGAAAGAGCACUGCCAGCCUGCAGUCCUCCCUCACCGCCGAGCAGACCAAGCUGACCCACAACAUUGCCCUCGACACCGCCGCCGCCGGCAAAGCCGCUCAGGGAGUCACCGGCGGAAGCGCUGCCGCCGCUGGAACUGCCGCCGCCGCUGCUGCCCCUGCCGCCACGACCAAGGCUGCUAAGGCCGCGAAGACCAAAGCUGCGAAGACCAAGGCCGCCAAGGCCACUGGCACCGCCGCCGCUGCCGCCCCCGCCGCCACUGGUGCCACCCUCGCUGCCACCGGUGGAAGCGCCGCCGGAACUUUCGACUUCGCUGUCCAGCAAUACUCGUCGUUCCAGAUCUCCGACGGCAAGGCCGGCACUGCCCAGGCCCAGGCUGACGCUAUCUUCGUCGCCCCCUUCCCCGCCGACCUCACCACCGUCAGCGCGUCGGCUCUCGCCAACCUGAACACCAUGCGUCUCGCUGCUGAGGCCGCGGAGACCGGCAAGUUCAACCCCCAGAUCGCUGCUGCCUCCGGCGCUGCUGCCACUGCCCUCCAGAACGGCAAGAUCAAGAACAAGGUCCUCAAGCUCACCGCUGAGGUCCAGGGUCUCAAGAUCAAGCUCGCCCAGGCCCAGGCCAAGGGCUCCAGCACCUCGUCCAUCCAGACCUCCCUCGCCACUGAGCAGAAGAAGCUGAGCAACAACAUCGCACUUGACACCAAGGCCGCUGGCCAAGCCUCCAAGGGUGUCGCAUAGAUAGACAGUCUCCCAUCUCGUUCUACUUGUGCUCGUCCCUUUUUUUCUCCGUACCACCCUGUAGCCAAAGCCGUUCAAUUCAAGCCAUUAAAUUCCUACCGUGGUUC